AUGGAAUCAGACCCAUCAGUAUCCAGCACUGUUUGUGAAGGUGAUGUGUUACAGUCGGACAACAAGGGAGACAAGGGCAUAGAUAAUAUUGACGCCAUGAAGAAGUCUAACCUUCUCUUGGACAACAGUUCGACACCCCAAAAGCCUCAUAACGCUGUGAAUGAAAACAUAGAAACUAGUUCUAACUUUGAUGAAACGUCAAGAAGAGGUAGCAAGUGUGAUGACAAUAUGCCUGUUCAUUCCGCCUUCUCUGAGUUCGAAAUUCCUGAAAUGGAGUUCGAUGAAUUCGAGUUGGAAUUAGCCGCUCAAAAAGAGUUUUCAUCUGAUGAACAGUUAUUCGAUUCGGGUCGUAUGACUCCAGAUGGACUGAUUGAUGAAGACUUUGAACGGGAACUUGGGUGUGCAGCAAAGGAACUCAGUGUUCAGGAUGUCAUUGAUUCUGACUAUCCGGAUAUUUCUCGUUUGGGUGUAUUACAAGGCGCUGGUGAUGAUAAACUCGGUCGUAAAGUGAUAGUAUUCUCUGCAUGUCGCCUACCAGCUUCCGACUUAAUCGAUCAUCAACGUUUACUUAUGUAUAUUACUAAAACACUGGAACAAUAUGUCAGCAUUGAUUACUGUCUAAUCUACUUUCACUUUGGUCUUUCUAACAAAAAUCGACCAAAAUUCAAAUGGCUUGUUCAAGCGUAUAGAACAUUUGGACGGAAUUUUCGAAAAAAUUUAAAAGCCCUCUACAUAGUGCAUCCCACCACUGGUGUAAAAAUCCUAUGGACAUUAUUCAAACCAUUCAUCAGUUCUAAAAUGUCACACAAAGUAAUCUAUGUUGAACAGUUGUCAGGAUUAGAAGAAACCUUGUUCGUUGACCAGUUGCCAAUACCACAGCGAGUUUUAAAUUAUGAUAGAACGAUCGCUAAGUCCAUACCAGUAAAGCCUAUUCAACCAGUUCAGAAAGAUUCAGUCGCUCGACCGUCUGUACCAUUUAUACCGCACAUACCAGACGCUGCUUCAGUAUUCUCAGGAGUAUACGAAGAACAGUGUAAAGAUGUCACACCAGAUCCUCAACAACAGUUCAAUGUCAGUUUACAAUUCAUUAAAAUGAAUAAUGGAGGUCGUGCUAUCCCCAUAGUCCUUGAAGAUGCCAUCGAUUAUAUUCGAGAUCGUGGUUUGACGACAGAGGGGAUAUUCCGUCGUUCUGUCAGUUUGAAACGUUUACGAGAAGUACAGAAUUUAUAUAAUAAUGGUGAAACUGUAGAUCUUCGUGAUUACGAUGAUCCUCAUUUAGCAGCUGUUCUACUGAAAUCAUUUUUACGUGAACUUACUGAACCACUUUUAACCUUUGAACUUUACGAUGAAAUAUUGGGUACAGGGGGUAAGUAAUCGAAAUAAUCUGUUUGAUUUAUUCUACUGAGUAAUUUUGAAAGGUGUUUUCUGCUGUCGUCCAAAGGGCAUAAGAACUGCUCAGUGGGAGUUCACUCUGUCCUCCUUUAAAGCUGUGAGAUUUGACCAUUGAAGGUGGAAGAUACGAAAAUGAUAGCUAGCUGCCUUUCAUCAUUGGUGUCUGCGUUCUAUCUCCCGUGUGAAGUGGUAUAAUAAGGCAAGCAAUAUUGAGGUUAGGCAUCCAUUGAGUGCUAGAUAUGUGGGAGGGGAAAUCAAUCGACGAGGUCGUGAAUCAGUAACACCGAUUAGUGAGAUGGUUAGGACAUGUGUUACGCCUGCAA